AUGGGCCUGGGCAUCUUCCCCACCGCGACACUCAUCAACAACAACUGCGCGCCAAACACCUACUUCUACAUGGACAACUACGGCAUGAUGGUCUAUCGAAGCAACCAGGAUAUCAAGGCUGGCGACGAAGUCACCACCAACUACCUCGAUCCUCUACAAUCAUUGACGAGACGUCGUGAGAUAUUCUUCAAGGAGUUCAAUAUGUUCUGCGAGUGCAGUCGAUGCGCCACUAUGGUGAACACCGAGAAUCAAUGUCCAACGUGUAGCCAGGCGCUUGGCAAGCAGAACCUCAGGACGUGGGAGCCUCAGCCAGCGAGCGACUUUGAUGGACAGGUCUACAUAUGCGACAAGGGCCACACGACAAUGACCAUGGCGUACGAGAUGUUGGAGGAGUUGUCAGGCUAUGCCGAUCAAGUUGGACAUUUGCCACAUAUUGAAGCAACCAUGCAGAAGUACUUCCAAUCGGUUGGCACUGUGUGGCUUAGGUAUAUACGAUAUGAAGCCCUCUCAAAAGUGGACAAUAUGCUAAGGUUAAACUCCAAGACGGUGGAGACAAUCGAACGACUGCCACAGAUGGACGAUGCUGCCCUGGGCAUCAAUGCCAGAUACCUCGUACACGGACUCUAUAAGGAGGCCUAUAAAUAUACUAUGUUAUUAUAUCUCUUGAAAGAGAAGAAGAAGAAUGGCUCAUCAUCACCAUCACAACAAUGA